UGUUGACUUUCUGCUAGCUUACAGCAGUGUGAACAUACUGUCGUUUAGUUAAGAAAAGCCUUUGCAAUCAGCAGGCAGUUUCCUCGUGUUUUUUUCUUAAUAUAAACCAGUUUGUUUCAGUUUGAGACAGUGACCGCAGCGCUCGCACGAACUUGACGUUUGUUGCCAGGUCUGGUCCCAGUCUGCUAAAGUCGCGCUACUUUUCAAGGAUGCAGGUGAAGAGAGUCGUCCUCAACUCGCGUCCAGGUAAUAAUGGGGCGCCAGUUCCUGCAAACUUCCGUCUGGAGGAGACGACUUUAGCACCUGAGCUGAGAGAUGGGGAGGUCCUUGUCAGGACACUUUACCUCUCAGUCGACCCCUACAUGCGAUGCAGAAUGAACGAAGACACCGGUGCUGAGUACCUGACUCCGUGGCAGCUGUCUGAGUGCAUGGAUGGUGGAGGUGUCGGCGUGGUGGAGUCAAGCCGCAGCAGUGUCUGUGCUGAGGGAGACGUGGUCACUUGCUUCAACUGGCCUUGGCAGACCCACGCUGUCAUGAAAGGAUGCGCCUUACAGAAGGUUGAGCCACAGCUGGUUGACGGGCACUUGUCUCACUUUUUGGGCGCAGUCGGCAUAACAGGCCUCACCGCACUGUUUGGAGUGAGGGAGAAGGGCAAUAUCACCAAAGGGGCCAAUCAGACCAUGGUGGUGAGUGGUGCGGCUGGGGCCUGCGGCUCCAUAGCUGGACAGAUCGGCAGGCUGGAUGGUUGUGUUAGAGUGGUUGGGAUUUGUGGUUCUGAUGAGAAGUGCAGAGCUUUAGUGGAAGACCUCGGCUUCUCUGCGGCCGUCAACUACCGCCGAGAGGACGUCCCUGCGAGGCUCAGGGAGUGCUGCCCCGAUGGGAUAGACGUUUACUUUGACAACGUGGGAGGCGCCAUCAGCGACGCCGUAAUCACCCAGAUGAACAGCGGCAGCCAUGUGAUUCUGUGUGGGCAGAUAUCGCAGUACAACAAGGAUGUGCCGUAUCCUCCUCCCCUGAGCGAGGAGAUACAGGAAGCCCUGCGCAGCAAGAACAUCGCCCGGGAGCGAUUUAUAGUGCUGCACUACAUGAACAAAGCAGAAGCUGCCCUCUUUGAGCUCAGCCAGUGGGUUAAAUCAGGCCAAAUCAAGGUGCUGGAAACCGUGGUGAAUGGCAUAGAGAACAUGGGAGAUGCCUUUUGCUCGAUGAUGAAAGGGGGAAACAUCGGCAAGCAAAUUAUAAAGGUGUCAGAGUGAAGAAGAUCACUGUAGCUGCCACGAGUGACUGCUCUCACCAGAUGCCUUGGGAAAUUAACCUACAGCUGCCAUUAACACUAACUGAAUGAACUACAGCACGAUAACGGAUUGCUUAGCUGAUGCCAGCUGGUUACAGUUACGACCAAUAAAUGGAACUUCAUGGUUUUCUGAAAUUGUGUUCCUGACAAAAAUAAUGUUUGGCAGUUAGAUGAGCCUUGAAUUUUAAUACUUCAGGAUAUUAACCUGCGUUACACACAUGUCAAUCGUGACGACAAGCACAACAUUUAUGAUUUACUGUAAUGAACAUUUUUAUUCCACAGCACUAUAAACCAUUAACAAAAUAAAA